CCCUAGGAGCGCUCCGCGUGCGUGCGUGUAUGCGUAUGCGUGUGCGCGCGCUCCGGGAAGGGACCUUGGAGCAAGGGGCGGGGUGCGGCGGAGAGGAGGGGCUACUUUCGCCGCCCCUCUCCUCGGAGCCCCGAGCUGGCCCUGCCGACUCUUCCCUUGCCCUUCCCGGCCUCCCUUAGUGUCCUCUGCGCCCCUCCCCCUCCCUCCGUUCUCCGCAUCCGCCCCCCCCACCCCAGCCCCCGAAGCCCCGCCUACCCCUGCUUCCAUCCCUCGCUGUGCCGGCGGCUGCACGUAUUCCUGGCUCCCCGGACAACUUACUCAUUUUUGAAGUAGUUCUCUUCAAAUCAUUUGGAAGCCAAAAUGGGUGUCAGUAAACAAGUUCGUAUUUUACUUUUAAACGACAUGGAGAAACUAGAAAAGACUCUCUUCAGGCUAGAACAAGGUUUUGAACUACAGUUCCGAUUAGGUCCAACUUUGCAAGGGAAAACAGUUACUGUCUACACAAAUUAUCCUUCUCCUGGAGAAGAAUUUAAUAGACAAAAAUUCCGUCCCCUUGUUUGGGAAAAUCCAACAGAAAGGGAAGAUGACUCUGACAAAUAUUGUAAACUUAAUCUUCAAAAAGCUGGAUCAUUUCAAUACUAUUUCAAUCAGGGAAAUGAGAAGAGUGGUGGAGGUUACAUAGUUGUGGACCCUGUUUUACAUAUUGGAACCGAUAAUCAAGUAUUACAUUUGGACUGUGUUACUUUACAGACAUUUCUAGCCAAAUGUUUAGGACCUUUUGAUGAAUGGGAAAGUAGACUUAGAGUUGCAAAAGAAUCAGGUUACAACAUGAUUCAUUUUACCCCACUUCAGACAUUGGGGCUAUCUAGGUCAUGUUAUUCAUUGGCAAAUCAGUUGGAACUGAAUCCUGACUUUUCUACACCUAAUAAGCAGUAUACUUGGAAUGAUGUUGGACAGCUAGUAGAAAAAAUGAAAAAGGAAUGGAACGUUCUUUGUAUAACUGAUGUUGUCUACAAUCAUACUGCUGCUAACAGUAAAUGGCUCCAGGAACAUCCAGAAUGUGCAUAUAAUCUGGUGAAUUCUCCACACUUGAAGCCAGCUUGGAUCCUGGACAGGGCACUUUGGCACUUAGCCUGUGAUGUUUCAGAAGGAAAAUACAAAGAAAAAGGACUACCUGCUUUGAUUGAAAAUGACCAGCAGAUGAAUUGUAUUCGAAAAAUAGUUUGGGAGGAUAUUUACCCAAAAAUUCAACUUUGGGAAUUUUUUCAAGUGGAUGUUAACAAAGCAGUACAACAAUUUAGAGCCCUUCUUACACAAGAAAACAGGAAAACAAUAACAAAAUCUGACCCAAAGCAGCUUCUUAAAAUUAUUCAGGACCCAGAAUACAAACGACUUGGUUGUACUGUAGAUAUGAAUAUUGCUUUGGCUACUUUCAUACCACAUAACAGUGGACCAGCUGCAAUUGACGAGUGCUGCAACUGGUUCCGUAAAAGAAUUGAGGAAUUAAAUGCAGAGAAACUUCGUCAAAUAAACUAUCAUCAAGAACAGGCAGUUAAUUGUAUUUUGGGAAAUGUGUUUUAUGAACGACUGGCUGGCCAUGGUCCUAAACUAGGUCCUGUUACUAGAAAACAUCCUUUAGUUACCAGAUACUUUACCUUCCCAUUUGGAGAAAUGACACUUGCAGAAGAAGAAACAUUAAUUAAUCGGCCAGAUAAAAGUUGUUUCUUCAUGGCACAUAAUGGCUGGGUAAUGGGAGAUGAUCCUCUUCGAAACUUUGCUGAACCAGGUUCAGAAGUUUAUCUGAGGAGAGAGCUCAUUUGCUGGGGUGACAGUGUUAAGUUACGCUAUGGAAAUAAACCAGAAGACUGUCCAUACCUUUGGGCUCACAUGAAAAAAUAUACUGAAAUAACUGCUACCUAUUUCCAGGGAGUACGCCUUGAUAACUGCCACUCAACACCUCUCCACGUAGCUGAGUAUAUGCUUGAUGCUGCUAGGAAAUUACAGCCCAAUUUGUAUGUAGUGGCUGAGCUGUUCACAGGAAGUGAGGAGCUGGACAAUAUCUUUGUGACUAGACUGGGCAUUAGCUCCUUAAUAAGAGAGGCAAUGAGUGCUUAUAAUAGUCAUGAAGAGGGCAGACUAGUUUACCGAUAUGGAGGAGAACCUGUUGGAUCCUUUGUUCAGCCAUGUUUGAGACCUUUAAUGCCUGCUAUUGCACAUGCUCUGUUCAUGGAUAUUACACAUGAUAAUGAGUGCCCUAUUGUGCAUCGGUCAGAAUAUGAUGCUCUCCCAAGCUCCACAAUUGUUUCCAUGGCUUGUUGUGCUAGUGGAAGUACUAGAGGCUAUGAUGAAUUAGUACCUCAUCAGAUUUCUGUAGUGUCUGAAGAACGGUUUUAUACUAAGUGGAAUCCUGGUGCAUCUCCAUCAAAUGCAAGUGAAGUUAACCUACAAAGUGGAAUUAUUGCUGCAAGACGAGCCAUUAAUAAAUUACACCAAGAGCUUGGAGCUAAAGGUUUUAUUCAGGUGUAUGUUGAUCAAGUUGAUGAAGACAUAGUGGCAGUAACAAGACACUCUCCUAGUAUCCAUCAGUCUGUAGUGGCUGUGUCUCGAACUGCAUUCAGGAAUCCUAAGACAUCAUUUUAUAGCAAAGAAGUUCCCCAAAUGUGCAUCCCAGGAAAAAUUGAAGAAGUUGUUCUUGAGGCUAGAACUAUUGAAAGAAAUACAAGUCCAUAUAGAAAAGAUGAGAAUUCAAUCAAUGGGAUGCCAAAUAUCACUGUAGAGCUCAAAGAACAUAUCCAGCUUAAUGAAAGUAAAAUUGUGAAGCAAACUGGAGUUGCCAAAAAAGGUCCUAAUGAAUAUGUUCAAGAAAUAGAAUUUGAAAACUUGACUCCAGGAAGUGUUAUUAUAUUCAGAGUUAGUCUUGAUCCUCAUGCACAAGUGGCUGUUGGCAUUCUUCGAAAUCAUUUGACACAGUUUAAUCCCCAUUUUAAAACUGGAAGCCUUCCUGUUGACAAUGCAGAUCCUAUACUAAAAAUUCCCUUUGUUUCAAUAGCAUCCAAAUUAACUUUGGCGGAUCUAAACCAAAUACUCUACCGCUGUGAAUCAGAAGAACAAGAAGAUGGUGGAGGAUGCUAUAAUAUCCCAAAUUGGUCACCCCUUAAGUAUGGAGGACUUCAAGGUUUAAUGUCUGUGUUAGCAGAAAUAAGACCAAAGAAUGAUUUGGGUCAUCCUUUUUGUAAUAACUUAAGAUCUGGAGAUUGGAUGAUUGAUUAUGUUAGUAAUCGGCUAAUUUCACGCUCAGGAGCUAUUGCAGAAGUUGGUAAAUGGUUGCAAGCCAUGUUCUUCUACUUAAAACAGAUUCCACGUUAUCUUAUCCCAUGUUACUUUGAUGCUAUAUUAAUUGGUGCAUAUACUACUCUUCUGGAUGUUGCAUGGAAUCAGAUGUCGAGCUUUGUGCAGAAUGGUUCAACAUUUGUAAAACACCUUUCACUGGGCUCAGUUCAAAUGUGUGGAAUAGGAAAGUUCCCCUCUCUUCCCCUUCUUUCCCCCUCACUUCCUGAUGUUCCAUAUAGACUAAAUGAGGUAACCGGAGAGAAGGAGCAAUGCUGUGUUUCUUUAGCUGCUGGUUUACCUCAUUUUUCAUCUGGUCUUUUUCGCUGCUGGGGAAGAGAUACCUUUAUUGCUCUUAGAGGUAUACUACUGAUUACUGGACGCUAUUUGGAGGCCAGGAAUAUAAUUUUAGCAUUUGCUGGUACCCUGCGGCAUGGACUCAUUCCCAAUCUCCUUGGUGAGGGAACUUAUGCCAGAUUUAAUUGCCGAGAUGCAGUGUGGUGGUGGUUGCAAUGUAUUCAGGAUUACUGCAAAAUUGCUCCAAAUGGCACAGACAUUCUUAAGUGCCCAGUUUCCAGAAUGUAUCCUACCGAUGACUCUCCCCCUUUGCCGGCAGGCACAUUGGAUCAGCCAUUAUAUGAAGUAAUACAAGAAGCUAUGCAGCGUCACCUGCAGGGUAUACAAUUCCGAGAAAGAAAUGCUGGCCCACAGAUAGAUAGAAACAUGAAGGAUGAAGGAUUUAAUAUAACUGCAGGAGUAGAUGAUCAAACAGGUUUUGUUUUUGGAGGAAAUCGUUUUAAUUGUGGUACCUGGAUGGAUAAAAUGGGAGAAAGUGACAGAGCUCGAAACAGAGGAAUUCCAGCUACCCCAAGAGAUGGUUCUGCUGUGGAAAUUGUUGGACUGAGCAAAUCUGCUGUUCGUUGGUUGCUGGAAUUGUCAAAAAGGAAUUUGUUCCCUUAUCAUGCAGUUACAGUAAAAAGAAAUGGAAAAGAUGUAAAAAUCUCAUAUGAGGAGUGGAACAGGAAAAUACAAGACCACUUUGAAAAGAUGUUCCAUGUUUCAGAGGACCCAUCAGAUCCUAAUGAAAAGCGUCCUGAUUUAGUUCACAAACGUGGAAUAUACAAAGACAGUUAUGGAGCUUCAAGUCCUUGGUGUGACUACCAACUCAGGCCAAAUUUCACCAUAGCAAUGGUUGUUGCCCCUGAGCUCUUUACUCCAAAGAAGGCAUGGAAAGCCUUGGAAAUAGCAGAGAAAAAGUUACUUGGUACCUUGGGAAUGAAAACUUUGGAUCCUGAUGACAUGGUGUAUUGUGGAGUAUAUGAUAAUUCCCUAGACAAUGACAACUACAAUCUUGCUAAAGGUUUUAAUUAUCAUCAAGGACCUGAAUGGCUGUGGCCAGUCGGAUACUUUCUUCGUGCAAAAUUAUAUUUUUCUAAAUUAAUGGGCCAAGAAGCUUAUUCACAGACAGUGUUUUUGGUUAAAAAUGUUCUUUCCCGUCAUUACGUUCAUCUUGAGAGAUCCCCUUGGAAGGGCCUUCCUGAAUUGACAAAUGAGAAUGGACAAUACUGUUCUUUCAGCUGUGAAACACAGGCUUGGUCAAUUGCUGCUACUCUUGAGAUUCUUUUCGACUUAUAGAUCAUUUUUGAAAGCUUCAUAAAGUAUAUGCUCUGUUAUAUAACUACACAUAAUUUGCACACUCUUCGGUUCAUUUAAAAACAAAAAUAAAUCCCACUAGUGUGCCAUUUAAAUAAAGCUUUGAAUUCAGUUCAAGUUAAUCAACACUUAUAAAGCACCUAUUAUGGGAAAUGAACUGUGCUAAUGUUUAAUGAAAGCAUUAAUUUUGUAUAUGUAGAUGAGUUGAUUUAUAUUAGAAAAGAAAAGUCAUUAUUUCCCAUAAAGUAUUUAUUUUUACUUUAAAUUUAGAAAAUGUUCUUCAAUUUAAUGGAAUAUUAGAUGUUUAGAAAAAUAAUCAUGGUCUCAUUUCUUUGAUUUGUGCAUUUGCUAAAUUUUUAAAAAACUAGACAGAAGUACUUAAAACAAAUUAAAAAGGCAUCUUUUUUUAAUAGGAGUAUGUUUUUAUAUAGAAAUGCAUUCCAUAGGCUGUGGGCUCAUUAUUGCCCUUUCUGCAUUUUAUUUUCAAUAAAAAUAGAAAAUAUAAUUCCAUUUUAAAUAUUUAUGAAGUGGCUUCUAAAGGGCACUAUACUAAGCAUUGAGCUUUUUUUUCACUGAAAAAAAUAUUUUGCAUUUGAUGCAGCUCUAAUAAAAACUUUUUUUUCCCACUCAUAAUAUUCUAGACUUACUGUCUAGGAUAAAAUCUGCAGCCUAUCAAAUUUACUUCCUAAGAUAAUCUAUACAUUUUUCCUUCAUCUCUAGGCAAAAUAGACUCCUUUUAAAUGAUAUCAUGUGGCCUAGUAAAGGGAGAAAAUAGUCAAAUAAUGUUGAAAAAUGAAAAGAUUUUGAUUGGAUAGAUCUUAAAUGUAAACAAUUGAGUUCCAGUUAAAUAUAAAAAUAGUAA